UCAAAGUUGUCAAAGAUCAUGUAUGCAUGAAUGUGUUCUAGGCUGAUCUGCACUGAAAUUAAAUGGAAAUCCCCAUCCUCAUCAUGACAAAAAGGUGAAGAAAUGCAAAGGAACGUUGAACGUUUUUCUUAGCCGUGGAGAUUGUUUCUCUCGACUGACAAACGGAUUCCAAAUAUGGGGAAAACAACUAGAGUGGUGGUGUGUGGAAUGAAGGGUGUCGGUAAAACCACUCUCUUGGAACAGCUCAUUUAUGGCAAUGUUAGCAUCAACACCGAAAUACAUCCUACCAUAGAGGACAUUUACGUUGCCAUAAUAGAAACAGAUCGAGGCACGAAGGAAAAGGUAAGAUUCUAUGACACCGCUGGAUUGGAACCUUUGCAGAACAAUGCCAACAAUCCGCAGCUAGCUCGACACUAUCUAGGUUUCGCUGAUGGAUACGUUUUGGUCUAUGACACUGCCAAACCCGAAUCUCUUGAUGUUCUUUUUCCCCUGAAAAAGGAUAUCGAUAAAAACAAAGACAAAAAAGAAAUAACAAUAAUUGUCAUCGGCAACAGAACACAUACGGAUGUGGAAACUAACAAUUUUGAGAAUACUUCGAGCAAAGCCGCUAAUUGGUGCUUACGAGAAAAGUUACGUCUUUACGAAGUAAAUGCGAUGGAGAGGGCUAGUUUGUACGAAGCAUUUGUGUACCUUGCAUCGAAAUUAAACCCUCCGCCAAAUAAGAGUACAUUCCCGCAAUUAAGCAUGGGUCGCAAGAACUUGAGAUCUGAGACAACCUGAGAUCUCAUGCACUUUGAUAAUACUAAAUCUUGCUGCAUUUAGAAGAGCUUUUAAAGUUAAGUUGUUUUAUGUUAAGUUUAGCGACACUACAGCAACAAUGUACUUAAAAGAUAGAUCAACGCCGAAGGGGUUGUAUAUCCAUUAUUGUUGGUACAAAGUAUUUUAUAAGGUCCUCGAUUAGGUGCGGCAAUCUCUUUGGGACGUAGUUAUCUAAAAGCAACCGUUUCCAUCAUUGCUCGUUCCCUCCGCGUACUUACUUCCUUCAGAGAGUGUGUGUUAAAACUACUCUUUGGACACACAGUGUUAUUUAUCAUAUUUAAUGUACAAUCGUUACUUGUUUGUCCAAAUACCUGUAUAUUGUUAUUUAAUGAAUUCAAUAUAACCACUGUAAUUUUUUAAAACACGUGUUCCCCAUUGAUCCGCGCAAUCAAGUGACGCGAGCUCGAAAGGACGAUGAAAACUUGGCAAUAAAUAAGCUUUUAUUUAAA